AUGAUUUCUGUGAUGAACGGUUUCAAUAAUCGGGCAUCGUUUGGCUUCUCUGGCAGUUUCAUGGACAAACCAUUUUACCAGAAAUUCACCUCUGCAGCUAAUGUUGCAUCACCGGCAAUUGCUGUAGCUACCGCAGCUGCAGCUGCAGCUGCAUCCUCGGGUAAUAUAACAUUAAGUGGAGUGAAUGAAAGCGAAAACAGAACCAGUACCUCAUCUCCAACGCUUGCAACAAGUUCAUCUUCGGCAUCAUCUUCUUUGCAUGGUAUGAGCAGCAUACCUGGUACUCAUCAUCAUCACCAUCAUCAUCAUGUACAUGCAGGAAAUUCUCAACAGUAUCCAUACGGUUAUGAUUGGACAUCAUCUCAUCAAGCUGUAGCUGUAGCUCAGGCGGCACAUCUUUCUGCACAGCAAGCUGUGGCUGCCGCUGCUAAUGUCGCUUCUGUUUCUGGAGCAUCUGCUUCUACUUGUGGACCACCAUUAUGCUCUACUGGAGUGCCAUCACCAAAUGCUGUUGCCAAAGCCACAUUCCUUUCACCAUCCACUGCAUCCGGCUUCGAUAUGAUGAAUCCAAUGUGCCAAGCUGAUUUCUACGGGUCAAAUUUUCAUGCAGCUCAAGCUGCUCACGCAGCUGCUGUAGCUUCUGGCCAUACAUGGGCAUAUGGUUAUCCACAACAGUAUCCAUUUGGAGCUCAUCCAUAUCCAGGAACUAUGGUAGCUGAUAUGACAGGAUUAGCAGGUUAUCAUUUUUCUUUUUUUUUAAAAUAG